UUAGUGCUGUCUGGAAGUGUCCUGAGAGCGCCUCCCCAGCAGAGAAAGAAAGCCUGAAAGCAAAGGUUUCCAUAGGGACCAAAACCCCGCCCCCUUCCUCACGUAGAUAAGCCUUUUAAGGGCUCUUCUGUGGAGCGCAUGCACGUGAAGUUCAGCUGCCCCUCUUUGGCGGGAAAUGAAGUUUCUCAAACACCAUUAUAAAAGUAGACUGUGGUAGCCCCUUUUGUUUUGCUUAAGGGGCUCCUGCUCCUGCAAAGACUCAGCGUGGAUAAGGUAUUACAACAAAUUUAUUACUAUGGAAAAUGAGAUAAUCUCAGAAGUGUCUUCCCUCCAUAAUUUUGAACACAUUAAAAGACAUGUGAGGGAGAAGAGGAAUGGAUUCCCAAAAGUUGCAAAGCUGAAUACUUCUCUUGCAUCAAAAAUCAAAACAAAGACGAUAAACAACUCAUCAUUUCUUAAGGUUUCUCUCAAAAACAAUAAUAAGGCAUUGGCUGUGGCCCUCAGUGCAGAGAAAGAAAAAUCUCAGCAACUCAGAAAAGAAAAGCUGAUAUUACAGGGAGAAGUAGAUGAACUACGCUUGCAGAAUGUCUUACUUCGGCAAAAGCUAAACUUUCUGAAUAAAACUCUCAUUGAAAUGGAAACAUUCUUGAACAAUAACCUUUUAAGUGCAAUUGAAAUGAGCACCAUUUCAGAGCACAUUCCCAAAACGUUGGAAUCAGGAAGAGAUCUGUACAAUUCUUGUCAGCAGUCUGAGGUUUCUAAUCACCAAAGCAGAUCUAUUGGACAGCAUAUAAGUGCAACUUAUACUUCAGGAAAUGAUGGAGGAAAGCAAGAUAGCUUAUGUGUAAGUGAAGUAGCAGACCUUGCCAAAGAGAUGCCUGAACUAUCCAAGGAAACUGCAACAAAUCAAAUCAGAUCUCUUCCAGAGAAAAUGCUUUCAGAGAAAAUGCUAAAAGAAAAUGAAACAAAUAAAAUGAGAAAUGUGCUGUUUGCAAAUGCAUUUUCAAAAGAAAACCAGUCAAGCAUGCAGCAAGUCUCUAGCAGUGCCUCAGUGAUGGACCUGAGUAAUUCAAUUUCUGCGAGAGAUUCAAAAGCAAAUAAUAGUUCAUUUACAAUCAAUGGAUAUGUGACAGAAAGGAAGAAACAAAGGAUGCCUUUGUCAUCAAUUGUAUCAAGUAAUUUUGAUACAAAAAUAGAGCAGGAAAGCAUGUUACAUUGUUUCACUGAUAGAGUCAGAGGUACCAAUUGGAUAAAUAAUGAGAUAGACCCAAAUGGCAUUUCACAUGGUGAAUCAUUUCCCCAAAGUGAUAAUGAACCUGCUUGCAGAGAUAAAGUAUGUCCUAUAAAGGAACAAAAGUCAGAAGAAACUGUAUAUGAUGUUGACAUGGAAAUGACUGCUAGUGAACUAGGUGAGAUAGUCAUAAUUAAAUCAAAAGUGAAAGAAAAAAAUGCGAAAAGAGUAAAAGCGGAAACAAUUUCUGCAAAUUUGAGAAAAGUGAAUUAUUCUAAUACAGAAAAGCAUAUUAGAGAUAAAUAUAACAUAAAACCUAAAAAAAAUAAUGAAGAUACUCAAAGUAAUGGAAAAAUUAAAAGCAUUCAAAACAUUAAAUCUAAAAAAUAUAGAUCGCCAAAAAAACAAUGGUUCCAAAGGGAAAUAUCGCAGGACAAAAUGUUAAACAGUGAAUGUGAUGUUGGAGCCAAUUCCAAGAAUCAUACCAGAUGUACACUUCUAUUAGAUCCAAAGAGUCAACAGCAAACUACUAGUAUUUUAGAAACCGAAAAGGUGAAAGAUAUAAUUUCUGAAGCAAUAGAAAGUCUGUACAACCAGGCUCCAGAACAAGUUUCCACUGUUUCUAGUAGUGAAGUGCUAUUACAAAAAUAUUGUACUGAAAGAAACAUAUCUAAUGAAAUGACUGCAAGAGGGCCUUUAGAUGGAAAGGUGGAGAUAAGUUCUACCACUUCUGAAAUCAAUCCAUCAAAUUACUCUGAAAUGGAAAAUGGGCAACAUUUAAAUUCCAAAUGUAAUAAAUCAAAGGAAUGUAGCUCUGAUUGCCUGACAGAACAAGAUCAAAAAACUAACACGAAAAGUCCAUAUAACAAUAUUGAAAAUACUUCAAAUUUCUAUGUCACAAGAGAAAGACCUAGUCAUGGUUUAAGUUUCUCAAAAGAUAAAAUUAAUGAAGAACUUUCACAGAGAGAUGAAAGGAAAAUUUUUGCAAAAGCUAGCCGGAAGACUUGUAUUAUAUACCCAAACUCUCAUAACCAGCAAAAAAUAUCUGUGAAACAAAAAUUACAAAAUGAAACAACUCUACCAACUAAUGACCAUAUGUCAAAUGAAGACAGACAAAUGUAUUUUAAUAUUCAGAAUGUUACAAGUUCAUCCUUACUAAAGAUGGAUGAAAAAUGUGCUGGGACAUUCCAAAAACAAAUUAAACGUUCAUCAAAGCCAAAUAGAAAAACCUAUGUUGUGUAUCCACAUGACGAAGAUAAAAAUUGUGAGGAAGUUAUUUCUGAUCUUAUUGGACACACUCUUGGGUUAUGCAAACUUCCAGAAAGUCUUCCAGUUCUAAAGAAGCCUGAAAACCUACAAAGAAAUUACCAAGAAAAAAAUAACUGUGCUUCUACACAGAAAGUAGAUACAAUUUGUGAAAUCCCAUUCAACAAAGCAACAGUAUCAGAUUCUGGGAUUAAACCUCUUCAAGAAUUGACAAAUAUGAGAGUGAAAUCCCUUCCAAAACCUAAGAAAGAUUUAGAAGAAAAUUUGAUGCCACCUAUUAGACGCAGAAGAACCACAGUCAGCUACAAAGAACCCAGUAGAAAAUGCAAAUUGAGAAGAGAAGAUGAGUACACAGCUAAAGGGUUUCUGGAUUUUCCAGUUAACAAAGUAAAAAAUAAGCCAAGUUUUAAAAGUAAAUCAAGAUUGAGCUGAAUAUAUAUAUAUAUAUAUAUAUAUAUAUAUAUAUAUAUAUAU